AUGGCGCCAAAUAUAACUGCUCUGCCUCUUCCUUUUCACCCUUAUUAUCCUUUAGAUCUCGAGAUUCCUCAUUACCUUGCUAAUCAAUGGGAUACUUUUACAUUGGUCUCGAUAUUUGCUGCAGGAUGCGCUGCCAUUUUCUCAAGUACUUAUCUACUGGUGAUGAGAGUCAGACCACGGAUCUCAACAGCUGAUUUAUUGACUGUUCUAUGGUUUGUUUUAUGUGGUUGUAUUCACCUCCUUUUCGAAGGAUAUUAUGCCUACAAUUUUCGACGCAUGCCACUCAUGCAAGAUCUCUUUGGCCAACUCUGGAAAGAAUAUUCACUGUCUGAUUCGCGAUACCAAACACAAGAUGCUUUCGUUCUCUGCAUGGAAACCAUUACAGCAGUAUGUUGGGGCCCUUCAUCGUUUAUCCUCGCGGCCAUGAUUGCAACGGAUCAUCCGCUCCGAUAUCCAUUGCAGGCAAUCAUAUCGUUGGGCCAAUUGUAUGGAGAUGUAUUGUAUUAUGCGACAUGUUUGUUCGAUUUCUAUAUAUUGGGAUUGGAGUAUUCAAGACCGGAACCAGCGAUUUUCUGGGGAUAUUUCGUUUUUAUGAAUUCUUUUUGGAUUGUGAUUCCUUGCAUACUUCUGUUCAAUAGCGUAAAGGUAACUGGUAGAGCAUUCUCGGCGUUGAAGAAGAUGGAAAAGACACUGAAGACAAGUACAAACGGCAAUGGUUCUUUGAAGAAGACGAUAUAA